GAUGUGAUGCGAGCAGUAAUUUUUAACAAAGUUAAAAGCAAAGCAUUGGAAUGGAUGACUGCAAAUCCUACACUAAUGGCAGAAACUGUAGAUUUUCUGCUAGAUGAAAUGGCUAAACAUUUUGAAAAGAAAGGGUCUAAACUUAUUAUCAACUUCAAUUAUGCACCUGGAAAUGAGGGAAACGCUUCGACGAAUAUUUCCAAGAAAUGGUAUCUCUGGGAAAUGAAAUUGACCUGGAUGAAGAUGAGCUGAUCGAGUACAUGAUAGCGGGAAUUCCGGAUGUAAAUCUUCGGAACAUUGCGAAACUACAAAAUUUCUCGACGAAGACCGAAAUGUUAGAAGCAUUCAUACAACGAAACGCACAGGAACGGAAGUGUUACAACUGUAACAGUUUGGGGCACAUAUCAAGCGAAUGUCGAAAGCCGAAACGAGAGAUGGGUACUUGCUUCGCUUGUGGAAAACCUGGACAUCAAGCUAAGGAUUGUGAGCAGUAUAAGAAAAUAGUUGUACAAAAUGAAUAUAAACACUCUUAGAUUCAGGAAGCCCCAUAAGUUUGAUAAAACAAGCAUACGUUCCACCUCAAAUACAUUUAAGGAAAAUGAAUAACCGAAGAUUUUUGGAAGUGUAAAAUGUUUAAUUUCGUUUUCAAAUAAAGACGUAUUGUGCGAGUUAAUGGUGGUGGAUAAUGAA